AUGCGUCAGGCCGGGUCAGUGGUCGACGCAUCAUCGCACGUACUUUACGCACACUGGAUGAACGGAGGCAGAUCCCCCGUCGAGGAUGAUGCUGCACCGGCUCAGAAGGGCUUCCUCUCGGGGUUUAUUUAGCAGGGCGCAGCGGCAUGGUCCCCGGUACUGGUGUAAAAUGCACUGGCCCAAACCGGGUGCGCUGGUCGGACCUAGCUUAUCUCGGAUGCUCGGCCUCGCCUUUCCCGUUUUUAUUCUAGUAGGCUACUUUAUUUAUUUGUUUAUUUGAAUUGUAUAGUGGCGAUUAUUUCCAGGUCACAAAUCUCAGUUUCCUGUGAGGCUUGUUUGUGCUAAAAAAUGGCCGGAGACGGCGGCGCUGUGAAGGAUAUUAAUGAGAUUAAAUCCCAGUUCCGGACCAGAGAGGGUUUCUACAAGCUGCUCACCCUCUCGGACUCGCAGCAGCGGGGCGGGCUGCCGCGGGGUCCGUCCUCCGGUGCCACUCUGGGCCCCGGGGCCGGAGCCGGUCUGAUACCGAGCGCGGGGGUCGGGCUGCUGCAGGGGCCCGGGGCGGCCGCCUCCUCUUCCUCCAACGCCGCGGCCAACUCCUCUCCAGCGGGCCUCCUGCCGCCGGUCCGGGUCUCUAUGGUCAAGCUGCAGCCCGAAGACCCAGGCGAGGAGUCGGAGCGGGUGUGCUUCAACAUCGGCCGGGAGCUGUAUUUCUACACGUACACUAACAUCAAGAAGGCCAUAGACCUCAGCAAGCCCAUAGACAAGAGGAUCUACAAGGGGACUCAGCCGACAUGUCACGACUUCAACCAGUACUCCGCCACGGCGGACAGCGUAGCCCUCAUCGUGGGUUUCUCGGCCGGACAGGUCCAGUACCUCGACCCCAUCAAGAAGGAAACCAGUAAACUCUUCAAUGAGGAGAGGUUGAUAGACAAAUCCAAGGUGACGUGUCUCAAAUGGCUCCCCAAGUCCGAGAACCUGUUCCUGGCCUCCCACGCCAGCGGCCACCUCUACCUCUACAACGUGGACCACCCGUGUGGCACCGUGGCCCCUCAGUACUCUCUGCUGCGGCAGGGCGAGGGCUUCGCCGUCUACGCCUGCAAAACCAAGACGCCGCGCAACCCCUUGCUGCGGUGGGCCGUGGGCGACGGAGGCCUCAAUGAGUUUGCGUUCUCCCCCGAUGGCGUGCACGUGGCGUGCGUGGGCCAGGACGGCUGCCUGCGCGUCUUCCACUUUGACUCGAUGGAGCUGCAGGGGGUGAUGAAGAGCUACUUUGGCGGGCUGCUCUGCGUGUCGUGGAGCCCCGAUGGGAAGUACCUCGCCACGGGCGGAGAGGACGACCUGGUUACCGCCUGGUCGUUCGCCGAGAGCCGCGUGGUCGCGAGAGGUCACGGCCACAAGUCCUGGGUCAACGUGGUGGCGUUCGACCCCUUCAUGACUUCCCUGGAAGACGAGGAACCAAUGGAGCUCAGCGGCAGCGAGGAGGACCUCCACCAGGGGGCGCCUAAUAGCUCCAUGCACUUGGGCCGGGUCAGAACAAGCAGCACGUUGUCGCGUCUUUCUCGGCACAGCUCGAAAGGUGGCGGUUCGGUCACAUACCGGUUCGGCUCGGUGGGGCAGGACACCCAGUUCUGUCUCUGGGACCUGACGGAUGACGUGUUAUACCCACGCUUGCCGCUUUCCCGAGCCUUCACUAACACUUUUGGUCCAUCGCUGUCCAACUCUGGCAUCGGUGGGGUCAACAGCACCUCAGUUGUGGGAGGAAGUGAGCCGGUGGAGGGGCACCACCACCCGCCCAACACCAACACCGGCACCGCUAACCCAACAACGCUCCCCUUACCACUUCCUCGCUCUCUCUCCCGCUCCAACUCUUUGCCCCACCCUGCCGUGGCCAACGUCUCCAAGGGUCAGAGUGCCACGGAGAGCGGCGGGGGAGGCGGAGGAGGCGGAGGGAGCGCCGUCGGAGGGAACAGCACGCCGUUCAGCAUCGGCCGCUUCGCCACCCUGUCGCUCCAUGAGCGCAAGUCGGACAAGUCCGGCUGCAGCAGUGCAGUGGAGAAGGAACACAAGAGGUACCACAGCCUGGGCAACAUCAGCAAGAGCAACGACAAGUUAAACGUGGCGCCGAGGAGCAACCGGCUGGACGCCGCCAAGGUCCUGGGCACCACGCUGUGCCCGCGCAUGUAUGAGGUGCCGCUGCUGGAGCCGCUGGUGUGCAAGAAGAUUGCACAUGAGAGGCUGACCGUCCUGGUGUUCAUGGACGACUGCAUCAUCACAGCGUGCCAGGAGGGUCUCAUAUGCACCUGGGCGCGGCCGGGGAAGGCGAACCUGACGGCACAGAACGGGAACUCUCCGAGCGGCACGGUGGUCUAGCUGGAGGAGAAGCCUUGCACUCUCUCCACACACGCUGUCCUCUCCACAGGAUUACAAUUGAGGGCCAGCAACCAGAGGUCGUGCCCUUCCUACCACUGCAGUAUUACACCGUCACCCUCUGCACGGGCCACGCCCCGGACCCUGAUACCCUGCUCAUUCCACUCUCAGGGCGGCCAGCUCGGCGGGAAACAUUCCUGAAUUACCAGCACGAGCAGAUUGAGUCUUUAGGUGGACUUCAGGAGUUAGCUGGCAGUCUUGGGAACAACAAAGCAAAGAUCCUAGCUAGCAUGUGAGCCAGUGGCCAUGGGCAAAAGUAUGUGGACACCAGACUUUCACAGUUUGGGUAACGCUCCUUUGUUUCCGGUGGUCUUAACUGCGACAACUGCACACAAUUAUGUUUUCAACAACAGUGUUUUUACGUCUUAGCAUUUUGGAAGUGAUGCUCAGGUGUCCACAUACCUUUGGCCAUACCAUUUUGCUUUUACUUAUCUUUCCCACAUUUGUUCCAAAUUCUAAAUGUUCCUUCUUCUUGUAGGCAUCCUUGAGAUGCACAUAAUCUACUACUCAGCGCUAUUAUUUGUUCAUUAAAUACAAAGGUGAUUCUUUUUUCGAAGCCAAAACGGCCAACUAGACAUAAUGAGCCCCCAAGCUUCAGCUCCAGCCGGUCCAGUAUAAAACUCAGAGGAACAAUGUCGGUUGUAUUCAUAGUUCGGUUAGCUUCACCCAACGGUAUUCUGACCACGAUGGAGUUUUACAUAUAAUGCAUUUCAUUUGUAGAGAGCUUUUAAAGAUACUCAGAGGCAGAGGAAAAUAGCAACGGAAACGAUAAAAGCAAUAAGAUACGAAUACAAUUCUCAGAUUAGAAAACCAAUCACACUGCAUUGACAAUUAAAACAAUGAUAAACAGAUUUUUAGAAAAAGAAGUGGGUUUGAGGGCUGUUGGGGGUGGGGAGUGAUACAUUUUAAAUCUCUAACUCAAGAUGUUGUUGAUGGGGUGGUCAGCAGUAGGGCGGGGCCACACUGUACUUCAGGGAGAGUUUCCCACCUCGUGCCACUGGAAGUUUAAAUGUAUUCCCAGUGCCCCCCCCCACACACACACACACAUACACACUAAUGCCCCAACCCCCCUCCCACCAGACAGACGGCAUCGAACAGACAUACGCCUCCCGUCUGCAGCCCUGAAGCAACAAAGAGCGAGCAGCGCCGUCCGAUCCCUCCUUCGUGUGUAUUUAAGUUAUUUAUUUUAUCACAAGACUGUGUAGUUAUUUAUAAUGUAAAUACUGGAAAUACUCUAUAAAUCCAUAAAAAGGACAAACGAGAAUGGGAACAAUGACUUCACGGCAAGGAAGCGAAGACCAACAAGCGGGAAAGAUGAAGAAUAUUAAUAUAUGAAGAUCCAUCGAUUGUACAUAGCAAACAGGAAAAAACCAACAUGAAUGUCUGCUGUUUUAGGGAACUUGAGGAUGUCAAUGUGUUUUUCUUUUGUGCGAUAACAGUUUCCUCCGGUUUGUUCUUGAAGAGCAAGUUGGCCGAAGCCUGUCUUCGGGUCCAGCGUGAUCUCUGACGAGGCGGCUGACCCGAGUGGAGCACAGAGAGGCUGCGAGCUGCACUGAGGCAGUUCACAGGUCUGAAUGAUACGAUUCCCCUGAACGUCGUGUGGGAAAACCGCAUCGAACAAACGCGUACUCUUGCACAUUCCGAACGUUAACACGACUCCACACACGCUCGCUCCCGUAAAACACACGCUCACGGUGGAGCGUCACAUAUACUGUGUCUUCAUUCCUGUUGCACCUCAAUGGCCUCUUUCAAGAAUUUGCACAUUCAAGUCCAUCGUGAGCCGCCGGGCAAGAGACACCAGGGUGUUGUGUUCUGCUCUGGUGCAGGAGGACACAUGUCCUUUGUCAAGAUUCCCUUUUUUUCUCACAAUUUUUGAUUUUGCUUAUCAAAUACCGGCGUUCAUUAAUAGAGUCUUUGUCAGAUUCCUGACGUGUUAUUUAAGUAGGAAAAACUGUGUUGGAAGGCAAACGCCACCUGUGUUUUUGAUAUUUUAGCAUAUUUUCAGGCUGCCGAUUUAUGAUCGAUGGUGAAAUAAAGAAAAAAACAAAGUGUUCUUUUAUAAGUUUGUUGUUUGCAGUUUAAUAAAUUUUUUUGCUGAGGUUGGCGGUGCAAAAGAUAAGCAGAUUGUAAAGCAUCAUGGACGUGACGUUAUAGUAGACUGUCUAUUUUGCUUCUCUGUUCACUGAGGUCGCCUGAGGUUGUGUUCUCUUGCCCUUUGAGGGACUGUUAUUUUGCGGCCUUCACUUGGAUUAUGCUCCAAAACUAAACUGAUUACACACUUCCUCCCGCAUGAAAUCAUUUCAUUGUAUUCAUUCCUACUUUUUGUGACACUCCCGUCCGCUGCAUCGCGAUGGAGUUGGGAAAGACGAGAAAGCGGUGUUGGAAAAAACGCGUCAAAAAAGAAUAAUUGGUUUGGAACCGGUCUGAAUUCAAAUCCCUCUCCGGUAAUCCACACACCUGCACGCCGAGCCACAAACUACGAUCUUGCGUGUAAAAUCGGAGGCUCGCCGUGCAGCGAGCCGCUCGAUGUUGUAGCAGCAGACAAAACCGCAGCCCAGAUACAUCGUGUCAUCGUCAUGGCAACUGCAGAUAGUCUGCCGCCAAGUUCAUGGGCCUUGAUCUCGAAUUGGAGGCUAAACGAAUGCUUCACACAAAGGCAACAACCGGAGGUGUUUCAGGAACACAUUGACCUUUCUCCACACAUAUUGAACCCUGAGAGAAGUUUGUGCAGCUGAAUUCAAGUAUUUUAAGAUGUUUGAGCUCAGCUGUCUGAUGUUUUGGUCUGGUUCAGUUGUAAGAGGAACUAAACCCCCAACACACGUUCAGCCGAAGGCCAUGUGGGUCUUAAGAAGCGUUGUUUGUGGAUCCAUGACCAAAUCUAUCUUUAGUAUUUAAAUUCUACACAUUGUGUGAUAAAUGUGCAUAACUACACAUGAAACACGGCUAUUGAAAUUGGAUUCAGCUGUUGGGACGGCAGGUGAUGUCGAGAAUGCUGCAUCAAUGUUACUCCAUCAAUGGGGUUUUGUUUUUCAUGGAUUUUUGGUAAGAAACAUAAUAUAAGUUCUUUGGUUAAAACAAGCGUAAGAGAUUUAAACUUUUUGUUCAACAAAAUAAAAUACGUCAGUGAA